UAUCGCCUCCCUGAUUGUGUAUCAGUUGGCUUAUAGUACAGUACUAGUGACUGCACGGAAUGACGACAUGCCACCAAAUGAACGGGAAGUUUAAGACACGUGCUCCAAUGUGAAGUGAGGGCAUAUCGAGUCAGCGCAGUACCUCGGAUUCGCCGCUGACGGUCUAUUUGAAAUUCACACUCUCAAAAUUAAUAGGAUAUACUUCAUUCAGUCUCGAGUUUCCCUGGAAGAAGUUCUUGGAGCUGGCAGUUCAUCACAGGAAUCAGAGCAGCAGCAUGUCACAGCCUCGGAUAUUCCUGUUCACACUUCCAAAGGAUCAUGGGUUUCAGCACAGGAAGCCCGGGCGUCAAACUCCAAUUAUAAAAUCACCAAGGUGUUAUCUCCACCUUAUCUCGUCACUUUAAUAUGGACAGACACGUAGGAAUUAUACAUCACUCUCCGGACAAAGGUCUCUUGCAUUUGCCGCUCCAAGAGGUCGAUGUGAGAGUAUGGAUGGUCGACAUUUCUGCGAGGGUUGUGCUCUCUCAAGUGUUUGAGAACAUGUCGGAUAGCCCUACCAGCCGGGCCAAAUAUGUAUUCCCUCUUCCAGCGAGUGCUGCUGCUUGUGCUUUUGAGCUCGAGUAUGCCGAUGGCCGUGUUAUUGUUGGUGUCGCGAAGGAAAAGUCAGAAGCCGCACAAGCUUUCCAGAGUGCAGUAGAUGCGGGAAAAACAGCAGGACUUGUAGAAUGGGUGACGGACGAUAUAUUCACGAUCUCAAUUGGCUCGAUUCCCGCUCGACAGAGGGUCACAGCAAGAUUGACGUUUGUAAUGGAUCUUUUGGACGAAGGAAGACGGGACCAAGUCCGUCUACAGCUUCCAAUCGCUAUUGCCGAACGAUACGGCCAGACUCCAGCGGCCAUGCUUGAUGCGUCUACAACCAAUGAAAACACCUGCGUCAAAAUCGCUGUGGAUAUUCAGACCAGUGAUAAGAUACAGGAGAUACGCAGUCCUACUCACCCGACGAUUAUUCACAAACGCUACAAGUCACGCACUGGGAGAAAGUCUGAACGACGGAUGUGUGUAACUUGGUCGUCCACGACGUUCCUCGACAAAGAUUUCGUACUGACAGUCCAUGCUCUUGGGCUCGAUAAGCCUCGGUGUUUCGCAGAGGUCGAUCCCCAGGAUCGUGAUACCAUUGCUAUGCAGCUCUCUUUCGUACCGAAGUUCAAAAUUCCUCCCCUGGAUUCGCAAGAGUACAUUUUCGUCAUCGAUCGCAGCGGAAGCAUGAGCGGAGCCCCAAUGGAGACAGCUAAGCGCACACUGGAAAUGCUCCUUCACCUUUUGCCGGAUUCACAGACAACUUUCAAUAUUUUCAGCUUUGGAAGCAAAGUGGACGGUCUGUGGAACAAAAGUGCACUGUUUAAUGAGGUGGAAAUGCGUCGUGCGAUUUCGAGCGUACAAGGCAUGAAAGCCAACUACGGAGGGACGGAAAUUGCGGAUGCCCUUCAGUUCGCUCUCGCGUCACGUAACCCCGACCGCCCCACUGCUAUGUUUGUCCUCACUGACGGCGAUAUACAUGCUUCCGCAAGUCUUGACCCAUUCACGGUUGUCUCCAGAGCUGUGAAAGGCUGCAAGGCCAAUGCACAAUUGAGAGUAUUUACUCUUGGGAUUGGUGAAAAUGUUUCAUCCGACUUGUGCGAGCGUCUUGCUCGUGAGGGUGGAGGCAUAUGUCUGUUUGCUGUCCAAGCCGAGGACAUUACAGGGAAAUGCGCGAUGCUUCUUAAUGCUGGUCGGACACGCGAGAUCGAGAGUGUCAUAGUUGAUUGGCAUGGUUUGGGGAGCCCACCAGCUGUCAAUUUUUCACCCUUGAAUCACCAUCAUCCGCUUCCGCCCAGCGUUGUGCAGCUAGAACCUCCUCCUUCGAUGCAGCAAGGGCCGCCCAAAAUCACAAGUAUAUUCCCUGGAAUGCGCCUUAAUGUUUUUGCGAUCACAACUUUUAGUUCGAUUCCUCGCGAAAUCAGAUUGCUUGCGAAGAUCAAAGAUUCUGGAGAAGUCAUUGACGAUCUCGUUCCCGUCACGACAGUGAAACCAUUCAAGGACGAGUGGUCGUCCAUUCCACUCCUCCAUACUUUAGCUGCACGACAACUCGUGAAGGACUUAGCCGAGGGCAGGGCGCCCCUUCCCAAACCCAUUGCACCUGCUUCGGAUGAGGACAUUCGAAAAGCGGCAAUCGUUCGCCUAGGGCUUGAUUAUCAACUUGUCAGCCAGUACACAUCCUUUUUUGCUGUAGAGUCUGGGCAUGAAACAGCAAGGAAGCUGCGCCGGUCAACGUCAUGGCAAAAGUCUCGGCGGCAGCAUGACCAUGCUAGUGCUGCUGAUAAUCUUGCUGACAAAGGUGCUCCAGGAAUAGAUGUGUCCACUGUGCAGACGGUUUUGGACAGCUUGUCCCAAGCGGUUUACGCUGUGUUCAACUACUUUUUCUCUGAUCCUCCCCCCACAACUCGAAGACGUCAGACGCGGCUUCCCGGCACGUAUUAUUCCGCUGCACAGUCCCGCUCGGGAUCACCAUCCAUUCAGAGUGCAUAUUCAUCUCGACACUCAAGCACGGACACGUUCUCUACAUUAAGCUCAUUGGAAGGCUCUUCCACGAGUUCUCGAUGGUCUUACUCUCGGCCAUCCAGUCCUGUGCCUCCCCCAGAAGAUCCAAUCGAGCGUGUACCAUCGCCAGUCUUCAAUGUCACGCCACGAGUACAACAUGCAGCACCUCCGCACGUUGCACAACCGGUUCCCAAGGAAGCGCACGCCAUCAUCUCGCUGCAGGAGUUCGACGGCUCUUUCACGCCGUCGCCUGAAUUGGGAGCGCUUGUGGGCGUUGAUAUAUUGGCUAAAGCAGUAGAACUGCAGGUCGACGGGAAUAUAUGGGCGACUGCAGUUGUCGUUGCAUACCUGAAGCAUCAUCUGGGUGAGCAACAGGAUUUGUUGGAUGCGUUGAUGAACAAGACUCUCGAGUAUGUUUAUGGAAGGGGUGCGAAUUUGCUCGUUGGACGUGAUUUUUGGGACUUGGUGAGAAUUGCGGGGCAGUCGGUGGGUUCGUGAUUAGUUCGUUUCCUGACUCCCAUGAUAAGUGGGAGGGUUUGAUCUCUGAUAUAUGUAUUCUCUACCUCGAUUGGUUCAUCCUAUGAUGUCCCGAUGAGCAUUGACAAUGCUGUCAGACAUCAUGCCCACCCGCUUCAGCAUGAAUGAACAGAUCAAACCAGUUAUCGAAUUCUCAUGAUUGAAACAACGAUCGUUUGACGAGCGCAACUGAGACGAUUGUUGUUGCAUGCAACGACUUGUUCAUUCUUUACUUUGGAGUGACUCAUGCUAUUUGUUAUUACUGUUUGGACCAUAACGCACGAAGUGGAAUAUGACAACUUGGUUACUGUCUUAUUUGGUGUGUUUACCCUCCAUGUAUGUGAUGCAGGAGGAUGAAACGGCGGUGCUCACGAAUCUCGAACCUAAUAUAACCUGUCACCUCUAUUGUCCAACUGAUUCAGUAUUUAUUUUCAUAUUACUAUCGCCAGGGCAUGUAGCAC